AUGCAGGAUCCACAAUUAGCGGUGGUGAGCUUGGGUUAAAUCGUGGUCAACAUCUGUCCUUGUUUUCUCACUCAAGGAUUUUUUUAUAUUAAUUUCUUCUUAUAUCUGAGAGAGCACCUGGGCUCUCCUGGCAGUCCCGUCCUGCAUUGAUCUAGAAGACUUAAGCGGUGGCAUGGGGUUCUCAUUUACCCUGCCUCUUUGUUAAGUUAGGGGGGUAUCUCAUGACGAAGGUCCCUGCAUGGGCCGAUGGGCUGGUGGGUUGGUGGACCGGGCUGAACUAUACAAGGGAUGGGGUGAUGGAGUUAUAGAGGGAAGAGGAGGGGGAGGUUGUUUUUCGCUGAGGCAUCCCCGGACGACAGGAACGCACUGUGAUCAAUGGCGUGCAAUCAGCCGCCUCUGACUCCCAUGACACACUGAUCAGUCUUAGUCAAUGAACACAUGAAUGAAUGAAUCAAUCACGUCAGGCCACGGAACUGCUUAACCUGAACAACUGUGAGGACAGACCAACACCAUACUGCUGGGUGUGUAGAGGACCCACAUUGGUACUGUAGGCACGCUAUUCUGAAAAACUGAGUUGAUCCUAAAAUAAUAUUACACUCAGAUUGACUGGUUUUCCCUAAAAUGUUAUAGUUUCACUAAAAUGUAGACCAAGUGAAAUCAUUUCCCCACAAUACACGACACGACACUGUCAAUGUCGUUUUUCCUUGUUGAGCUUUCGGUUCGGAGUCAGAAACAGUUGGCAAAAGGUGUGACACAGAAAAGCUACAGCAUUGUGGACCAAUGAGCCACUGGGCUCUUAGAAGAAAAACACAAACAACUGUGUGCUUGCUUGCGCAGGUGUGCUUUUGACUUGUGGUCGGGACAUAUUCAUGUAUAGUGAUAAGCAACAUUGACCCUUGUGCUCAAAUAACAGAUUUCUUGGUCGAGGCCAACGCUCACUGGAUUACAGAAAUAAUUUGAACAUGAAUGGAGAGGCCAUUUCUGUCCUUGAAAUAUCAGUUUUUUUCUGUCCAGUAAGCUGUGUGGGUUUCUGGCAGCGCUGCUGGCUCUGAAGUGGCCAGGGAUUUCUGCUUGGCUGGGUUUUGGAUUUGCAAAGCUGACAGAAGGGCUUCGGUUGGGAAGAACAAGAGGGCCAAACGCUGCUACCAAGUCACUAACUUGAAAGGCUCAUUUGAAUAAGAUAACUUCUUUCAAUUUUCAUUAUUUUUCUCUUGUUCAAACGUUCUCAGGCUCACUUGAUGGCUGCGUUUUGUUUUCUGAUUUGCUCAAUUUCGAUAAGUUGUGAAGUUGUUCUAAAUAAACACUUCAAAAGUUGCCAAUUUUGCUACGUUUUUCGUAAACAUCGUAGAAGUGGACGAAAAAUUUAAUUUUUCGGAUUAUCUCUUGCUAGUGUGGCUACAAUGACUUUUUGACAGGGAAAGUAUAUAUGCCUUGCCCUUCUCCAGCUCCUUCUUUGGCCUAUUCAUUGCACAAAGCUGCUUAAGCACACUUAAGCGCAUUAGCAUUUGGAUGGCAGGGACCAUAUUGACCUUGCAUUUGGAGGGCCUAAAUGAGUGAAAGAUGGAGCGAUUUGUUAGGGCUUUAGAAACCAGCCUUGGGGGGGAACCGGGGAGGGUUGUUCCACUUUCACUUACUGCUUGGUGUUUGUUCUAAUCUGGUGUGCCGUUUCGGGCAAGCAGGACUGAUUUGUGACAUUUCAGUCUAAAGGCCCUUUUUCUGCCCGUUAUAUUGGCUUGACCUGAUUAACUAAUCUGUGCUUUGAAUUUCAAUCAGACCGCUCCCUGCAGUGUGGUAUGGGAACCACUGGCUGAAGGAUUACCUCAUUCAACUGUCUUCAAACACAGAUGGUUGAAUGUUUAACUAAUUGUUAAAAGAGUCCACAAAGGGGAAUUUAACCAUGCACACGGUCCACAGGGUCAAUACAUAGCACAGAAUAAAGAGGGGGACAGUAAGAUGGGGCUGUUUUUGGGUGUGGGGGGGGGGGGUCUUUAAAAAAAUCCUUCAAAUGCAUAGUGGUGUGCAUGAGUUCUGUGUGUGGACUGUAGAAUGGUCAUUAGUAAUGUGAUACAGUAUAGCCUUCUGUACUGUAGGCUGUACCGCCAGAGAGAGGGAGAGAGUGUGUGUGCGAGUGAUGUCCUGUGUUUUAUCCUUUGACACCAUACGAAAUAUUGUUACAUUUGUUUUGUCCAAGCCUAUCUCAAUCUACCUCAGUAUGAUAUAUUGCUCCAUCCUAUGAGAAGUAUGGAAUCCUGCCACUAACCCUCCCUUUCCUUCUACAGAGUCUGUGUUCCACUGCCACCAUGCAGACGGUCAGAGUAGGUGACACCAAUGAAGUCGAGAAGCUAAUAUUCAGAGAAUCAGAGAACGAUCGCGAGGUAUGCUACAGCAUUGAAGUUGGUUCAUAACAAGACGUAAAUGCACUGUACACACACAAUACCUUCAAAGUUUUGUCAGAAUUACUAAUGUACAGCACCUCACCUGAACAGGGAAUAGCUUCUUUGUAAUGUGCUCAGUUUAGCCCUAUAGCGAGAAUCAGACAUAAGUGUACAGGUGGAGUUAUAGUACUGAACACUUCAGACAUAAUGAAUGCUGCUCCCAACACCACAGCACAUUACCCUUCAUUAAAUUAAUUAAAGCUCUAAUUAUAAAGUGCUGGUUCAGAUGAGGAUCGCUAUUAAUCAGUCCACUGUUCUCCUCCCCUCUUCUGCCCCUUUUAGGUUGUACUUCAACUUGAAAAGAAGCUUUUUAAUUAUAUCAACCAGGAUGUUUUCCGGGAAAACAAUGGGACCCUGGUAAGACAUUAAUUUUGUUUGAUAACUUUUAGAACUCUGGAAGGUUUAUUCAAUUCAUUUUUAUUGAGGCCAUUAAGACAUUCAGUUGGGACAUUCAAAGUAACAGGAAUGUUCAACAUUUACAACAUGUCAUCUUUAGACAGAGGCCAACAUUCACUGUAAAACAAGUAAAUGAAAGUCACUGAUGCAGAAUUAGAUUUUAGUUUUUUUUGGGGGGGACAGGGGGUGAGGUAAAACGAUUAGGACACACAGUUGGUGUCAUUGUGACAGAAGCGAGCGGUGCAGAUGGUCUGAAGGAUGCCCUCACGCUUUCCUGCCUCGUAUAAACACUGAUUUCAAUCUAGGAAAAUAUUUACUGGGUACCAAAUAGAAGAAAACGGAUUGAAUAACCGAGGGACUACCUUGACCUGGUCCAAUACACACAUAUUCGUUUUCCGUUGCAAAACGCUUUGAAAUGUUUUCCGUUGUGUGUCAUAAUGAAUACAACCCUGAUUCGUAUCAUCCUGACCCGUCCUAUUGGGACACAGCUAUACACUAAGUGUAUGUGUGUAUGUUCAUGCAAUUGGACAUAUGUAACAGCGUAUAACAGGCAAUUGGACACAUGUAAGACUUAUGUUACACACAUCAGGACUCCUAAUGACCAUGUCAUAAUAAUAGCCAAUAAUCCAUGUGACACAUAUGACUCUUCAAGUAGUCUGUCUGUCUGUGUGUGUAUACAUACUGUGAGUGUAUGUGUGGCUGUAUGUCUGUGUCUCUGUGUUGGUAUGUGUGUGUUUAUGUGGUGUGUGUUUGUGCCCCAGGAGGCCCCCACUUUCCUCUCCCCCUCCCCUGCAGGGCUCAGCAAGAUAAAUGGUGUAAUGGGGCAUCAGAGAUAAUCUGAUGGUCAUAGUCUAGUUAAACACACCGUGCUAUGAUCCUUAUAAAACAAACUACCUUUCCAAAAGGAUAAAUGUUCCCCCCUGCACCCCUCCUCCUCAGAAAAAUAAAUCCAUUGCAUCCUUCAUCAACUACUAGGCUUGACAGAAAUGUAAUUCGAGGCACCUCUCGAAAAUAAUUAUUAUAUUUUGAGAGGAGUAAUCAUUGGUCGGGACAUGAUUGAAUGUGUCCAUGCCUAUUGAUUUUUGCUAUGAUUAAUAGGUUUGUUUAGUCGAUAUUCCCAUCGAAAUUGUAUAAUUAAUUAUCCCCGCCGCUGUCAGGCCGGGACGAUGGAGAGCACUGAUAAGUAUUUGGGACGAUUACCUUUUCCGGGAGUCGUGGCAUCAAGGGACACAGGGGCUUGCUCCUCGGCAGAGGUAGAGAUGGUGGAUCUAUGUUCCCGGGAACAAGGAUUCUGUGCAGACGCGUGCCCCCUCCUCUCCACUACCUCCUAUCUAUCCAGUAGCGAAUCUUCCAUCCAGUAGCCCUCCUCUCUCUCCUCAUCAUUGAUUUUGUUUCAGUAUCUCUUUAUUGUAACUUUAUCAGUGUGGUGUCGGCAGACGGCUGGGAAGGAGGAGGGGUAAGAGGGGGGUGUAUUGGGGUCCUGUUUCGAGUGAUGAACUUUUCUGUCGGGGCCGCUCCUCCUUGUCAUGCUCCCUGCGUACUCGCAACAUUACUCAAGCCGCAAGAGUUUUCGAGAUUAAGUAAAUAAAUAUAUAAAUAAAGAUCCAUCCCCUCCCCGGCUAAACUUCUUUCAUAUUUUACCUGUCAGUGCUCUUAAGUGGUAAUACAGCAGCAUGCUAAAUAAAAUGUGACCUUAGCUAGGAAGAAAAACAUGGAAGGCCAGGGAGAAUGGGCUUCUGUGCUGUCUCUUAUACCGGAGUGCCUCACUACAGUGAAUAGCUUAUUGAUCAGUUCCUCAGUCUGAUCAUUUACAUUUACGUCAUUUAGCAGACGCUCUUAUCCAGAGCGACUUACAAAUUGGUGCAUUCAACUUAUGAUAGCCAGUGGGACAACCACGUGCCUUCGGAAGGUGGUCAGUGACUCCGCUGUCCUGGAGUCGUGGGGGAGCUUGUUCCACCAUUGGGUUGCCAGAGCAGCGAAUAGCUUUGACUGGGCUGAGCGGGAACUGUGCUUCCGUAGAGGUAGGGGGGCUAGCAGGCCAGAGGUGGAUGAAUGUAGUGCCCUCGUUUGGGUGUAGGGUCUGAUCAGAGCCUGAAGGUAAGGAGGUGCCGUUCCCUUCACAGCUCCGUAGGCAAGCACCAUGGUCUUGUAGUAGAUGCGAGCCUCAACUGGAAGCCAGUGGAGUGUGCGGAGGAGCGGGGUGACAUGAGAGAACUUGGGAAGGUUGAACACCAGAUGGGCUGCAGCGUUCUGGAUAAGUUGUAGGGGUUUAAUGGCACAGGCAGGGAGCCCAGCCAACAGCGAGUUGCAGUAAUCCAGACGGGAGAUGACAAGUGCCUGGAUUAGGACCUGUGCCGCUUUCUGUGUAAGGUAGGGUCGUACUCUGCGAAUGUUGUAGAGCAUGAACCUGCAGGAUCGGGUCACCGCUUUGAUGUUAGCGGAGAACGACAGGGUGUUGUCCAGGGUCACGCCAAGUUUCUUUGCACUCUGGGAGGAGGACACAAUGGAGUUGUCAACCGUGAUGGCGAGAUCAUGGAGCGGGCAGUCCUUCCCCGGGAGGAAGAGCAGCUCCGUCUUGCCGAGGUUCAGCUUGAGGUGGUGAUCCGACAUCCACACUGAUAUGUCUGCCAGACAUGCAGAGAUGCGAUUCGCCACCUGGUUAUCAAAAGGGGGAAAGGAGAAAAUUAAUUGUGUGUCGUCUGCAUAGCAAUGAUAGGAGAGACCAUGUGAGGAUAUGACAGAGCCAAGUGACUUGGUGUAUAGAGAGAAUAGGAGAGGGCCUAGAACUGAACCCUGGGGGACACCAGUGGUGAGAGCACGUGGUGCAGAGACAUAUUCUCACCACGCCACCUGGUAGGAGCAGGACCAGCGGUGUCAUUUGACUUAAUAAAUGAGGAUCGGAUGUCUUCAACCUUCUUUUCAAAAUGGUUGACGAAGUCAUCCACAGAGAGGGAGGAGGAUUCAGCAGGGAGGAGUUUCCUAGGGUUAGAGGCAGAGGCUUGAGUUGUAGAAAGUGGCUUUAGCAGCAGAAACAGAGGAAGAGAAUAUAGAGAGGAGGGAGUUUUCUUCCAUUUCCGCUUGGCUGCCCGGAGCCCUUUUCUGUGAGCUCGCAAUGAGUCGUCAAGCCACGGAGCUUACCAGCCAGGAGGAUAGGGGACAUAGAGAGUCAAAAGAUGCAGGAAGGGAGGAGAGGAGGGUUGAGGAGGCAGAAUCAGGAGAUCGCAGGGAGAAGGAUUUAGCAGAGGGAAGAGAUGAUAGGAUGGAAGAGGUGAGAGUAGCGGGAGAGAGAGAGCGAAGGUUGUGACGGCACAUUACCAUCUGAGUAGGGGCAGAGUGAGUAGUGUUGGAGGAGAGCGAGAGAAAAGGAAACAAAGUAGUGGUCGGAGACUUGGAGGGGAGUUGCAGUGAGAUUAGUAGAAGAACAGCAUCUAGUAAAGAUGAGUUCAAGCAUAUUGCCUGCCUUGUGAGUAGGGGGGGAUGGUGAGAGGGUGAGGUCAAAAGAGGAGUGGAAAGAAGGAGGCAUAGAGAAAUUAGUCAAAGGCAGACGUAGGGAGGUUAAAGUCACCCAGAACUGUGAGGGGUGAGCCAUCCUCAGGAAAGGAGCUUAUCAAGGCGUCAAGCUCAUUGAUGAACUCUCCAAGGGAACCUGGAGGGCGAUAAAUGAUAAGGAUGUUAAGCUUGAAUGGGCUAGUGACUGUGACAGCAUGGAAUUCAAAUGAGGAGAUAGAUAGAUGGGUCAGGGGGAAAAGAGAGAAUGUCCACUUGGGAGAGAUGAGGAUUCCUGUACCACCGCCGUGCUGACCAGAUGCUCUCGGGUAUGCGAGAACACAUGAUCAGACGAGGAAAGAGCAGUAGGAGUAGCAGGGUUUUCUGUGGUAAUCCAUGUUUCCGUCAAUGCCAAGAAGUCGAGGGACUGGAGGGUAGCAUAGGCUGAGAUGAACUCUGCCUUGUUGGCCGCAGAACGGCAGUUCCAGAGGCUGCCGGAGACCUGGAACUCCACGUGGGUCAUGCGCGCAGGGACCACCAGAUUAGAGUGGCAGCAGCCACGCGGUGUGAAGCGUUUGUAUGGCCUGUGCAGAGAGGAGAGAACAGAGAUAGACAGACACAUAGUUGACAGGCUACAGAAAAGGCUACAAUAAUGCAAAGGAGAUCGGAAUGAAAUUGACUAAACAUCUGGGAAAGCGAGAGAGUGGGGCCUCCCUCACUUACGUUUCACUGAAACACUCAAAUAUAACUCUCCCAACUUCCACUUUAGACAUUAUAAUUGUUGUGAACUACAGCGGUUCAAUUUUUUCUAGGAAUAGACUCUAACUUAGUUUAUUCAGCUAUCUAACUUGGUACAGUAUUCUUCUGUGAAAACCGCCCAUGGCACCUUAUCCUAUGAUGCCAUAGCUAACUAGCAUGCUAGCUUCCAAUAACAUGGUUUAGCACCAAUACACGGUUACAACAAACUACCAAUAGUGUGUUAACACGCUAAACAGAUCAUUCGUGUCCGUGUCUAACGUUGUGUAAAGUUUUGGGGUUAGUUUUGACAGUUUGAGUGAGUACGUCGUCAACUUAUUCAGCCAGUUAGUUAGCUAGCUAGAAUAGUUAGCAUAUUAGCUAGCCAUUGCGCCACACACAGAGAGAGCCAAGCUAACGUUAACUAGUCACCCAUGUCUUAAAUUCCUUUUGAACGACGCUGGUUACCAGUAUGUAAAAAUAAUAUAAAAAUAAAUGUAGGUUAUAACUUACCCUUAGUAGCUACUGUUAGCUAGUUAAGUGUAAAGCUAGCUACUGAAUCGAUUUAGCCAGUUCGCGUUUGUCCCAACGGAGAGAAAGCAUCUCCAAACAUUACAGCUAGGUCGUUCCAGCUAUUGUUUAGUUAGCUAUCCAGGUAGCAACAAGCUAGCUACAUUUCGAGUACAGUAGCUACUAACUACCUAACGUUAACGCUUCAGAUAAUGAGGUUAGAAAAACAGCUGAAUGGUAGGUAGCUAGCUGGCAUAAUUACAGGUACUCUUAAGUGUGAAAUAACAUUGGAAACAACUAUCCACAGUUGCUAAUUGUUACCAGUAGCUACCCGCUAGCUAGCUAGCUUUAUUGGUCCAGGUAGUGGGUUAGCUAGCCUCGUGCUUCACCGGGCUCAGCCGAAUACAAUACUUACCUACAAUAAUUACCUACAAUAACUACCUAGAUAAACUACCUACAAUACCUAACUACAAUACUUACCUACAAUCUAAAUACAUGGUUUAAGCUUUACUCGACACCAUAUAAAGAAGAAGCCAAGCUUACCUCCCACUUAGAGAAACACAACCUCACCCCAUCGCCACCUCCACUACCUGUGAUCAUGAUGUAUAUAGCGUAUAUAUUAUAUACAGUGCCUUGCAAAAGUAUUCAGACCCCUUGGAUUUCUUCCCAUUUUAUUGUGUUACAAAGUGGGAUUAAUAUUGAUUUAAUUGUCAUUUUUUGUCAACAGUCUACUCAAAAUACUCUAAUGUCAAAGUGGAAGGAAAGUAUUUUUAUUAUUUUUUUUAUAACAACUAACAGCUUUGCACACCUAGAUUGUGCAAUAUUUGCCUAUUUAUUCUUUUUCAAAAUUCUUCAAGCCCUGUCAAGAUUUUGGGGAUCAUGGCUAGAAAGCAAUUUUUAAGUCUUGCCAUAGAUUUUAAAGCAGAUUUAAGUCAAAACUGUAACUUUGAAUAUUCACUGUCUUCUUGGUAAGCAACUCCUGUGUAGAUUUGGCCUUGUGUUGUAGGUUAUUGUCCUGCUGAAAGGUGAAUUCCUCUCCCAGUCUCUGGUGUAAAGCAGACUGAUGGAGGUUUUCCUCUAGGAUUUUGUCUGUGCUUAGCUCCAUCCCCUUUCUUUUUAUCCUGAAACACUCCCCAGUAUUUGCCUAUGUCAAACAUACCCAUACCAUGAUGCAUCCACCACCAUGCUUGAAAAUAAGGAGGUAGUUACUCAGUGAUGUGUUGUGUUGGAUUUGCCCCGAACAUAAGGCUUUGCAUUUAGGCCAAAAGGUGUAUUCCUUGGCUGUGUUUUUUUGCAGUAUUACUUUAGUGCCUUGUUCCAUAUUUGUAUUCUGUAUAUUUGUAUUCUUCUGUUCACUCUGUCAUUUAGGUCAUUGUGGAGUCACUACAAUGUUGUUGAUCCAUCCUCAGUUUUCUCCCAUCACUGCCGUUGAACUCUGUAGCUGUUUUAAAAUCACCAAUGGCUUCAUGGUAACAACCCUAAGCAGUUUCAUUCCUGUCCUGAAGCUCAGUUCAGAAGCACGACUGUUUGUGUCUGAGUAGUUUAAUGCAUAAUCCACAGCAUAAUUAUUGACUUGACCAUGGUUAAAGAGAUAUUCAAGGAUGAUUUGUCAUUGUUAUGCAUCUACCAAUCACUGCCCUUCUUUAUGAAGCUUUCGAAAAGCUCCCUGGUCUUUGUAGUUGAAUCUGUGCUUGAAAUUCAAUAGUUGACUGAGGGACCUUACAGAUGUUGUAUGUAUGGGGGACAGAGGAAGGGUUAGUCAUAAAAAAAUCAUGUCAACCCCUAUUAUUUCACACAGAGUUAGUCCAUGUAAUUUAUAAUGUGAUUGGUUAGAGAUACUUCGGGAUUUUAGUAAUGUCUCUGUGUGCAGUAUGAAGGAAGUUAGAGGUAGUUUUGUGAGCCAAUGCUAACUAGCGUUAGUGCAAUGGCUGGAAGUCUAUGGGUAUCUAUUAGCAUGCUAGCAGAUUCCCAUAGACUUCCAGUCAUUGCGGUAACGCUAGUUAGCAACUUCCUUCAAACUGCACGCAGAGACAUAAAAAUCAUAUCCACUGCAGUAGAUAAAGGGCUUUAUUGCCAAAAUCCCGAAAUAUCCCUUUAAGCCAAAUUUUACUCCUGAACUAUUUUAGGCUUGUCUAAACAAAGAGGCUAUAUGCAACAACUAUAUUUUAGUUAUGAAUUGUAUUGUUUGUAGUUUUUUCUUUCACUUUGACGUUAGAGUAUUUUGUGUAGAUUGUUCAGUUUGGCCGGGUGUUUUGCUUUGUCAUUAUGUGUAGAUUGAUGAGGGGAAAAAAACAAUUUAAUCAAUUUUAGAAUAAGGCUGUAACGUAACAAAAUUUUGAAAAAGUCAAGGGGUCUGAAUACUUUUCGAAUGCACUGUAUAGUGUAGUUAUAUCUAUAUCAAAUGCACAUAUCUAAAAAUUCAAGGGGAAUUGAUAUUGCAUUCAUCUACUUACUUAAAAUGUUCACCUAAAAAUGAAUAACCAUAACCGUAUACAUGUGUGUAUUCCCAGACCUGUGUCAAGGGCAAAAAUAAUAACCCUGAAUGGUAGCUUUUCCUAUCAUCCACAUUUAGCUCGUAACAGUUUGUUGUUUACAGACCAAAACAACAUUAUAUAUACCAAAGUAUUGGGACACCCCUUCAAAUUAGUUGAUUCGGUUAUUUCAGCCACACCCGUUGCUGACAGGUGUAUCAAAUCUCCAUAGACAAACAUUAGCAGUAGAAUGGCCUUACAGAAGAGCUCAACUGUAAAGUUUGGUGGAGGAGGAAUAAUGGUCUGGGGCUGUUUCAUGGUUCGGGCUAGGCCCCUUAUUUUUACAUACAAUGACAUUCUAGACUAUUCUGUGCUUCCAACUUUGUGGCAACAGUUUGUGGCCCUUUCCUGUUUCAGCAUGACAAUUCCCCCGGGCACAAAGCGAGGUCUGUACAGAAAUGGUUUGUCGAGAUCGGUGUGGAAGAACUUGGCUGGCAUGCACAGAGCCCUAACCUCAACCCCAUCGAACGCCUUUGGGAUGAAUUGGAACGCCGACUGCGAGCCAGGCCUAAUCACCCAACAUCAGUGCCCGACCUCACUAAUGCUCUUGUGGCUGAAUGGAAGCAAGUCCCCGCAGCAAUGUUCCAACAUCUAGUGGAAAGCCUUCCCAGAAGAGUGGAGGCUGUUAUAGCAGCAAAGGGGGGACCAACUCCAUAUUAAUGCCCAUAAUUUUGGAAUGAGAUGUUCGACGAGCAGGUGUCCACAUACUUUUGGUCAUGUAGUGUAUGAUAAGUCUUUAGCCUCUAGCCGGCUGGCUGCAUUUGUUUGUGUUGACCCUCUCAAGGCGGUCGGCCAUUCCCUGUCAGCGACAGUUUAUAGUUUCCACAACAAAUAAUUAAGAUCUCAUAAAACGAAGAAAAAAUAUGGCCCUGCAAUGAAAGCCAAGUGUGUGGCUUAAAAAUAAAAUUAAAUGACCUUUCACCUCUGCGUUUAUUGAUGGCUUUUAAUGGCAGCAGGUGUUGUCAGAGGGAUAGUUUGACAUGUUGUAAAUCAUUGCACAAUUAUGGGCUUGGACAACCACAGGCUGGAUUGGAGGGACUGUCAGCCCAGAUACCAUUUAUUCCCUCUGUCCCUGCAACUUCUCCCUCUUAUAACGAUCACAGCUACCAUGAUUUAGGUGUGUUGCUCAUUCAGGCGAAGUAUGAAAUCUGAACACUGGACUUUUUUAGGGGAGGGGGGGGGGGCACAUCUUUCUCCUUGUCUAUGAUAUUGCCCGAGCCAUAUCAGCUAGCAGCCCUCUCCAAGGUCAUUUCGGGCUGACAAACUACUCCGCCGUCUUUAUAAUGCAACGAGGCCUUGAACCAAUAUAAACUGGGAUUUUUUUACUGCUGACCUACCAGAACAGCAAAUCAUUAUGCUUAAUUGACCCGGGAUGAAAUGUAGUGUGAAAUUUCAGCCCUUGGGUUUUCCAGUCAACCUAAAUGAAUUACUCAACAUUCACUUAGAGGCUCUAUGCACACGCACACACACACACACAGACACAUACACACACACACACACAUCAUGGAAACACAGUGCGCUUCAUCACCCCCCAACACAGCUCAUCUGCUGCUUUUUAAAGGUGUCACUUCUCAUCUCGGCUGCACUAGCUCCACAGAGACAAACACACCUGUCCAUACACACUCACAGAAACACACUGGUGUACACACACACCCAGGUAGUCUAUUAGGGUAAAAACAGACACAGACAUGAGGUGCACACACAAACAGGGACAAUUACAUUCUGCACCUCUAUAAAUGUUUACAGUCAAUUAUUUAUAUUAUCAGCCACACACACACACACAAACCAACUUGCUGUACAUCUUGACAUACUCUGUUACAAACAUAUAUGCUGGCACACUCUUCCACUAAGGGCUCUUCACACACACACUGGGAGCGUGUCAUUGCGAGAUUGGUGGUGCACAGUGAAGCGUGUAGCGCAUCCUCCGGGCUCCAUUCCUGAUUCACAUUGUGUGAGCUCUCCUGUGACCCUGCCUCCUGUGAGUUUGAUGAAUGUUACACAUCUGCCCUCCUGAACCACAGAGACUCUGUCUGAGGGCCCCACUGCCUAGAAAGUAAUGUCCACUGUUCUACACCACUGGCACACACACAUACAGAUACAGAUGCUCACAGUUUACACAUAAGUAUGCAUACAGUAGGCUACUCGCACAUGAACUUGCUCAUACACACUUGCACAGGCUCCAGACAUACACAGCCAUGUCAAUGUAUCCCACAUAUGUAUGUGAAAAUUCCAAUCAAGUUUUAAACUAGCUUAAAAACAUUUACAGUGGGGAGAAGAAGUAUUUGAUACACUGCCGAUUUUGCAGGUUUUCCUACUUACAAAGCAUGUAGAGGUCUGUACUUUUUAUCAUAGGUACACUUCAACUGUGAGAGACGGAAUCUAAAACAAAAAUCCAGAAAAUCACAUUGUAUGAUUUUUAAGUAAUGAAUUUGCAUUUUAUUGCAUGACAUAAGUAUUUCAUCACCUACCAACCAGUAAGAAUUCCAGCUCUCACAGACCUGUUAGUUUUUCUUUAAGAAUCCCUCCUGUUCUCCACUCAUUACCUGUAUUAACUGCACCUGUUUGAACUCGUUACCUGUAUAAAAGACACCUGUCCACACACUCAAUCAAACAGACUCCAACCUCUCCACAAUGGCCAAGACCAGAGAGCUGUGUAAGGACAUCAGGGAUAAAAUUGUAGACCUGCACAAGGCUGGGAUGGGCUACAGGACAAUAUGCAAGCAGCUUGGUGAGAAGGCAACAACUGUUGGCGCAAUUAUUCGAAAAUGGAAGAAGUUCAAGAUGACGGUCAAUCACCCUCGGUCUGGGGCUCCAUGCAAGAUCUCACCUCGUGGGGCAUCAAUGAUCAUGAGGAAGGUGAGGGAUCAGCCCAGAACUACACGGCAGGACCUGGUCAAUGACCUGAAGAGAGCUGGGACCACAGUCUCAAAGUAAACCAUUAGUAACACACUACGCCGUCAUGGAUAAAAAUUCUGCAGCGCACGCAAGGUCCCCCUGCUCAAGCCAGCGCAUGUCCAGGCCCGUCUGAAGUUUGCCAAUGACCAUCUGGAUGAUCCAGAGGAGGAAUGGGAGAAGGUCAUGUGGUCUGAUGAGACAAAAAUAGAGCUUUUUGGUCUAAACUCCACUCGCCGUGUUUGGAGGAAGAAGAAGGAUGAGUACAACCCCAAGAUCACCAUCCCAACCGUGAAGCAUGGAGGUGGAAACGUCAUUCUUUAGGGAUGCUUUUCUGCAAAGGGGACAGGACGACUGCACCGUAUUGAGGGGAGGAUGGAUGGGGCCAUGUAUCGCGAGAUCUUGGCCAACAACCUCCUUCCCUCAGUAAGAGCAUUGAAGAUGGGUCGUGGCUGGGUCUUCCAGCAUGACAAUGACCCGAAACACACAGCCAGGGCAACUAAGGAGUGGCUCCGUAAGAAGCAUCUCAAGGUCCUGGAGUGGCCUAGCCAGUCUCCAGACCUGAACCCAAUAGAAAAUCUUUGGAGGGAGCUGAAAGUCUGUAUUGCCCAGCGACAGCCCCGAAACCUGAAGGAUCUGGAGAAGGUCUGUAUGGAGGAGUGGGCCAAAAUCCCUGCUGCAGUGUGUGCAAACCUGGUCAAGACCUACAGGAAACGUAUGAUCUCUGUAAUUGCAAACAAGGUUUCUGUACCAAAUAUUAAGUUCUGCUUUUCUGAUGUAUCAAAUACUUAUGUCAUGCAAUAAAAUGCAAAUUAAUUACUUAAAAAUCAUACAAUGUGAUUUUCUGGAUUUUUGUUUUAGAUUCCGUCUCUCACAGUUGAAGUGUACAUAUGAUAACAAUGACAGACCUCUACAUGCUUUGUAAGUAGGAAAACCUGCAAAAUCGGCAGUGUAUCAAAUACUUGUUCUCCCCACUGUAUGUGUUGGGAUUGUGGAUUGAUAGAAUGGCGCCGGAGGGGAUGGGCUCCUGACCAAUUGUGCUAUUUUGUGUGUUUUUUUUGCGCUGAUCAUAUGACCGAAAACAGCUUCUGGACAUCAAAACAGCGAUUACUAACCUCAAUUUGGAUGAGGACUUCUAUUUUAACAAAUCGGAGGCGGACAUAAUGCUAAUCUCAGACCAGGCCCAAAUCCCUGUCACUCGGAGGAGGGGGAGGCAGCGCUACAGAGGUUGACAUGCAGGAUUUGUAACGAGACUGCGACGGCAUUUGGACAAGUCGCCAUUACCCUUCGUUCUAUUGGCGAACCUGCAAUCACUGGAAAAUAAACUGGAUGAGCUCUGUUCGAGACUAUCCUAUCAACGUGAUCUGAAAAACUGUAAUAUCCUAUGUUUCACGAGUCGUGGCUGAACAAGGACCAUAUAAAUCUAGCUGGCAGGACAGAACAGCUGCGUCCGGUAAUCUGAGGGGGGGGGGGGUCUCUUUAUCAAUUGGUGCGCGAUCUCUAAUAUUAAGGAAGUCUCGAGGUUCUGCUCGCCUGAGUAAGAAUACCUCAUGAUAAGCUGUAGACGACACUAUUUACCAAGAGAGUUUUCAUCUAUAUUUUUCAUAGCUGUCUAUUUACCACCACAAACCGAUGCUGGCACUAAGACCGCACUCAACGAGCUGUAUAAGGCCAUAAGCAAACAAGAAAAUGCUCACCCAGAUGCGGCGCUCCUAGUUGCCAGGGAUUUUAAUGCAGGGUAACUGAAAUCCGUUUUACCUAAUUUCUACCACGAAAAAACUCUAGAUCACCUCUACUCCACACACAGAGAUGCAUACAAAGCUGUCCCUCGCCCUCCAUUUGGUAAAUCUGACCAUAACACCAUCCUCUUAAUUCCUGUUAAAACGCAAACAGGAAGUACCAGUGAUGCGCUCAAUACGGAAGUGGUCCGAUGAAGCGGAUGCUAAGCUACAGGACUUUUUCGCUAGCACAGAUUGGAAUAUGUUCCGGGAUUCAUCUGAUGGCAUUUUGGAGUUUACCACAUCAGUCACUGGCUUCAUGAAUAAGUUAAUCGACAACAUAGUCCACACAGUGACCGUACGUACAUAUCCUAACCAGAAACCAUGGAUUACAGCAACAUCCACACUGAGCUAAAGGCUAGAGCUGCCACUUUCAAGGAGCGAGACACAAAUCCGGAUGCUUAUAAGAAAUCCCACUACGCCCUUCGACAAACCAUCAAACAGGCAAAGCGUCAAUACAGGACUAAGAUUGAAUCCUACUACACCGGCUUUGACGCUCGUCGGCUGUGGCAGGGCUUGCAAACUAUCACGGAUUGUAAAGAGAAACCCAGCCGCAAGCUGCCCAGUGACGCGACCCUACCAGACGAGCUAAAUGCCUUCUAUGCUCGCUUCGAGGCAAGUAACACUGAACAAUUCAUGAGAGCACCAGCUGUGCUGGACGACUGUGUGAUCACGCUCUCCAUAGCCGAUGUGAGUAAGACCUUUAAACAGGUUAACAUUCAUAAGACUGCGAGGCCAGCUGGAUUACCAGGACGUAUACUCAGAGAAUGCGCUGACCAGCUAGCAAGUGUCAACCUCUCCCUGACCCAUUCUGUAAUACCCACAUGUUUCAAGCGACCACCAUAGUCACUGUGACCAAGAACACCAAGGUAACCUGUCUAAAUGACUAUUGCCCCAUAGCACUCACAUCUGUAACCAUGAAAUGCUUUGAAAGCCUGGUCAUGGCUCACAUCAACACCAUUAUCCCAGACACCCUAGACCCACUCCAAUUCGCAUACCGCCCCAAAAGAUCCACAGAUGACGCAAUCUCUAUUGCUCUUUCCCACCUGGACAAAAGGAACACCUACGUGAGAAUCCUGUUCAUUGACUAUAGCUCAGCAUUCAACACCAUAGUGCCCUCCAAGCUCAUCAUUAAGGACCCUGGGAUUAAACACCUCCCUCUGCAAUUGGAUACAGGACUUUCUGAUGGGCCACCCCCAGGUGGUGAGGGUAGGCAACAACACAUCUGGCACGCUGAUCCUCAACACAGGGACCCCCCCUCAAGGGUGCGUCCUUUGCCCCCUCUGGUACUCCCUGUUCACCAACUACUGCUUGGCUACAGGGAGGUCGUCAGAGACCUGGCAGUGUGGUGCCAGGACAACAACCUCUCCCUCAAUGUCAGCAAGACAGUAAACAAAGGGCCGAGCAUGCCCCCAUUCACAUCGACGGAGCUGUAGUGGAGAUGGUCGAGAGCUUCAAGUUCCUAGGUGUCCACAUCACUAAGGACAUUUCAUGGUCCAAAACACACCAACAUAGUCGUGAAGAGGGCACAACAAUGCCUCUUCCCCCUCAGGAGGCUGAAAAUAUUUGGCAUGGGCCUUCAGAUCCUCAAAAAGUUAUACAGCUGCACUAUUGAGAGCAUCUUAACUGGCUGCAUCACCGCUUGGUAUGGCAUCUGCUCGGCGUCCGAGCAGUUGCCAUACCAAGGGUAGUGCGUACGGCCCAGUACAUCACUGGGGCUGAGCUCCCUGUCAUCCAGGACCUCUAUACCAGGUGGGGAAGGCCCUAAAAAUGGUCAAAGACUCCAGCCACCCAAGUCACAGUCUGUUCUCUCUGCUACAACACAGCAAGCAGAACCGGAGCACCAAGCCUGGGACCAAAAUGCUCUUGAAGAGCUUCUACCCCAAAGCCAUAAGACUGCUGAACAGUUAAUUAAACAGCUACCCAGACUUUCUGCUUUUCACCCCCUACCUACAUCUACAUAGUACUUAAAUCAGUCACCUAACCAAACCUACAUGAACAUAUUACCUCAAUCAAUCACCCCAACUACCUCGUACCCCAAUACACUGACUCUGUACCGGUACUCUUUGUAUACAGCCUGUAUAUAGCCUUUUUAUUGUUAUUUUGUUAUUUUAUUGUGUUUUAUUUUGAUCUAUUUGUUAAUCUUCUUAAUUUUUAACUGCAUUGUUGGGAAAGGGCUCGUAAGUAAGCAUUUCACAGUAAAGUCUACACUUGUUGUAUUUGGUGCAUGUGACAACUAAAAUUUGAUUUGAUUGAUUUGAUGACUGUUUUUGUACUCCACUGAUAAGACACCACUCACUCCUCUGACAAUCCUCCCUCACCUACCCUCUGUUUGGCUGGUUGUUUGGUUUUUAUCAGUGUUUAUCACUGUCCUAGAUCGAGAUUACAUUAUCAUCUAGAUGGUGAUUCCAUUCCAUUCACUCUACUGUUACAUGUCGUACAGCAAUGUAAUGUUGUUGUCAAGCUAGCUUUAUAACUACUGACAGUAUCACGAAGGCAGUGUAGAGGACCUCAUCAGACUAUAUCUGAUAUGUGUUCUGUUGAGGGUGUCAGUUUACCACCAAAUGAACAUGCUCUGGUAUGUUCCUGCUAGCUGCCAGUCAGUCAGGAAGGGGCAGGGUCUUUAUGUAUCCUGCAGGGUUGCCCAGAUACCUGUCCGUCGCUCAGGGAGCCAGCGAUGCAGAUGCCCCUGCUACCUGCUCAUCUCCCAGAUAAUUAAUGUGUACAAGGAGCUGCUAAUUGCACUUCUCACUAAUGAUUUAUGGGAUUUGGGAAGGGGGGGAGAUGGGGUGGGGGUGUAAGUCUGUGCUGGUGCUGGUGCAGUCAGAGGGAGUGCAGCUGGGAGACGGGACAUGAUUGAUGAAGACUGUUUAGAUCCACUGUCAGCGUAGAGCGACAGAGACAGACCCCCACCCUCUGCAGCAGACUGGGGGCUGCGAUAGGACAGGACAGGGAUGGCUCUGGAAUAGCCAGGUCAAAAACACACACAUCAACACUGGUCAGCUGUUCUCACACACUUGCCUUCAUGUACCACCACAAUGUUCAUGACACUUGUGUAGUAUGUUGGUAAAGGCACAAAUCCACACAUCGAAAAAGGAGAGAAAAGAUGCUAACACAAUUAUUAUCCAACACUUACUCAUGCAUGCAGGAGCCUCACACAUUCUCACACACACACUCUCAUAGUUAUUCACUCAGUGAGUGAUGACUAACAUAGUGGAUAUUACUUUCUGUAAAGAAAUAAACCCUUUAUCACUCACUCUCUCCCUCCCUUCUUCUCCCCUCUCUCUCUUCAGUUUUUACAGUUUGACAGAGAGCUGUCCUGUUUCAAGGAACGGCUGCACGAGCUGGAGAUCGCCUUUCCUCCCAGGUAUGAAAUCCUCUCAAUGUUUCCUUAUGAAUUGAUGUCUGUGAACCAUAGCUAUUCAACUCAAUCACUCCUGUUAUUCAGUAGUUGUUGUUUUUUUGGACUCUUGGUCAUUGGAUUUCUUGUACCAUUUCAUACUGACUAAUGUGGUCUUUUAAAGAGGCAGUUCUUCCAUAAUGGUAUGGUACAAGAGCCCAAAAUCACCAAUUAAAUCAAUAAAGGUCUUCCAGAGCUGUAACUAUCUAUUACACUGCACAGUAAUUGGUACCUGUAUUUGUACUUACCUAUUACUGUCUAUUAUCCUGUAUAUUAACUGCUUCCCCUGUCUAUAACCCCAUAAAGUGCCUACUCACCUUCACUAUCAUGAAAUGGCGGCCCUCACCCUUAUACCCUUCACCUCUCACUCUAACCAUGUGCUAGUUACAGAAGCUACAAUACAUAGUUAUCCAGGACUCAGUCAACAGUGUAGGGUGCCGAAAGAUUGAAUAACUUUUUGGAAGUACACAUUCUAUCCAUUGGUAAGAGUGUGUUAUGAAAAGAAGUGGACCUUACUACUAACCUCACUACAGCACCACAUCUUUGAAGAGCAGAGUAAAUCAGCAGUGUACAAAGAGGCUGAUGUUUUGGUCCAUUUAUGGUAUGGGGCUUUAACAUAACUCAAUCAUCCCUCUUGGCCCAAAUGGCUUUGUUUGUGCCAAAUAUAUAUUUGAUGGUUAUCAAUUGUUUAGUAUGAUUGGAUGUGCUCCUAAAAUGCUCCACUGGGUGUGUGUGUGUGUGUGUGUGUGUGUACGUGUGUGUUUCUGUUCUUACUUGUGUGCGUGUGUGAGGCGGACCGCAUUGAUAUUCCAUCACGGUGGGAGUUGGGGGACGUUGGGGCGGGGGUCCUACUACUCGUCUCCUCUUCCUCAAACAAAUGCAUUUGCAAUUAGCCCUUUCAGAGGAGAGGGAGGGAAAACACACACCCGGCCUGCAUCGAAAUAUGUUUCGGCGCUGGCGCGAUAAUGGUGCUUGACCUUUGCCGUCAGUUGUGACUCAAUCAGUCCAGAUAAUGAAACGCUGUAAUCAAACAAUAAUUACUUGAUAAACUGCUCUAGUGGCGGGCACGGGGCGGGGCAGGCGAGGAGUGUGUGUGUGUGUGUCAAGGUCUUGGCAGUCACUGUUUUUAAAUGACUGUGUCUUAAUCAGGGACCCCAUUUACAUCGCUUUGCAUAAGUGACGGCUAGAUUUAUUGUCCUUUUACACUCUGUGACCUUUGCACCUAUCUAUCCAUAAUAUAAUAUUGAAUCAUAGUUUCCCUGCCAGGUGAAUGAACAGGCUGCUGUGAAAGAAUACAAAUGAUUUUCACCUUCUUGGAAACAUGAUUAAUCAAAUUGAUGAAACCUUGGCACAGCAGCUGACAUUUUAUUUGAUCCACUCAGUAUCUGAUACAAGCAACAUUGUAAGUGGUGAAUGAGUAGAAAUGGCCUAGUUAAACUUAAACAACCCCCUCCUCCCAUUCACAUAACACACACUUGCACCAACAGACACUCACACAGCGCUUGCAUACUCCCCCUCCCCCUGUCAGAUCUCCCUUGUACUCCAUGAGCAAUCAAGCACUCAAAGAUUGUUCUCCAUCACAUAGCCUGCUACGGACCAGCCCCUCACCAUCUGUGAGGUUAUUACUCCCCUUAACACAGGCCAUCAGAGGCCCUCUACACACACACACACACACACACACACACACACACACACACGCUCGCUUGCAUUCAAUCGAUAAGUCAAUACUGGUCACUCGUGUUUAAUCUAUCAAUGAAUCCUGCAUGUUGUAGUCUAUGUCCACUUGUGAAAUUGAGUGGAAAACCAUAGCCUAGUUGUCACUGUAUUUUAGGAAAUGUAGCAUGUUGCCAGGUAUAAAGAUGUCAUCAAACCCUCGAUUAUUUUUGUUUAGAGAUUAGGGCCUGUAUUCUCAAAGCGUCUUAGAGUAGGAGUGCUGAUAUAGGAUCAGUUUUGUCUUUUUUGAUCAUAAUGAGUAAGAUUGUAUGGACAGGGGGGACCUGAUCCUAAAUCAGUAUUCUUACUCUGAGACGCUUUAUGAAUACAGGGCAAGAACUGUAGGUAUAAGGUUGUGAAAAUGUGUAACAGCAAAUAAUCAUGAUCCUCUCUCACCUCCACCAGGCUGCAGUAAAAGCCCAAACGCUCCAAACUGGAGGUUCCAUUCCAUUUUUUGAAUAAGACACUAUAGUGUUAUUUAGACUAUACGUUAUUUAAUUGUCUGUCCCAUACAUUCUCGUGCAUCGUGUUUGCAUUCAUGGAAUGUGCAACAAGCUGUAAAUUCAUAUCGCUCACCUUCAAGAAGUCGUCUGUCAAAGUUGGCCGUGACAUGUCUAAGCACUCGGCCAUCGGGGUGUGGAAUUUGGCCAUAGCCCGCGAGAGUUGUACCUGGUGCCAGCCGGCUGCCACACGCUGAUAGGCUAAGGGCUAUACCAUUCACACAGGAGUGCACGCACACAUAUUUUAAAAGGUGAUAUCUGUUGGAGUUUGGUAGUUGGGAAUGAGGCACAGUCUAUCAAUUGUAAACCAAUCACAUAUGAUCAAACUAGUAAGCGCCAUCCAUUCCAUUAACGCUCUUCUGAGCAAUUUCAAGAAAGGUGCUUGUGCAAAGGUUGACCAACAUCUUCGUAACAAAUGACAGCAUGGCCCCAAGACUGAAAAUAACUGAAUGGUAUACUUACAAUUUUACAUUUGAUUUGGUUUUCUGGAGUAGCAUAACUAAGGUAAUCUCCCUUAAAACAUAUAAGGAGGUUGAGUAACUUAUAUUAUUCAUAUAUUUCGAUUGAUUUAGGAGAAUGCUUUUAGUACUGCCCAUUAUCAGAUUUCUUUGCCCUUUUUUUGUCUAAGAUCGAUGCAAAAAUGUAAUAUAAACCCUGGCGGGGGAAAAUUCAGUGAACAAUGAGAGAGUAGGGGAAUCAUUUAUUCCUGCUUUAACCAGAUUACCCUGAAUGGGUUCUGGGGGGAUUUUGAGCGUCAUCAGACAGAUUGGGGUUCUAACUCCAUCAAUGUACGGCCACAUGAGUCCACUACACAGAAAGAGAUAUGGAGGAGGUAGAAGGGGAGAUGGAGAGGUGAGAGCGGAAAGAGAGAAAGAUGGGAAGGCGCUUGAGCUAGAAAGGAUGACUACAGUCCCAUGCGUUUAUGUUUGCCAAGUCUAGACAGGCCAGGGGCAGGAGAAGCAGAGAGGAGUGGAGAGGGGCGAAUCGGCCAGGAGGUCGUGAGCUAAGGAGUGGCAGGGUGGGCGAGGAGGGCUGCUGAUAAACAGUUGUCUCUUCACCGUUUGGUGUUUAACAGAAAGCUGGGAGCGCCCCGGGACCAACCUUGGCAAGUUAGCAUACAUUUUCCAAACAUGGCGGGUCUAUGAGGAUGGGCCGAAGAGUGACUUCCCCCCUGGGAAAAGACACAGAAUUUACAGUGCAGGGGAAAGAAAACCUUGAGAAAAACAAAUUACCUCAGUUUAGGGAGGAAAAUAGCAUUUGGUCCAAUGACAUAAGUGUUGAUCUGCCAAUUCUCCAGGACAUGCUCUCGAAACGCUCAUCCGUCCCCUGUCCCUUCAAUAAAGACAGAAAACAAGUUUCAGUUGAAAACAAGCAGCUGACUGCUAUCCAUUAUAAUUUAUGGCCAUGUUAGAUUUUCCAACAGUUCACCAUUGGAUAACAGUGCUUUACUGAGUGUGAUGUUUCUUCAUUGAAUGGUGGAAUUUGUGAAUGUGCCAGUAAGGCCAUUGGUAAACAUUUCUUGGCACACUGACUCUCAAAUGUUUUUUUUUGUUUUUUUUACACCUUUUUCUCCCCAAUUUCGUGAUGUCAAAUUGGUAGUUACAGUCUUGUCCCAUCGCUGCAACUCCCGUACGGACUCAGGAUAGGCGAACGUCGAGAGCCAUGCAUUCGCCGAAAAAUGACCCUUCCAAGCCCCACUGCUUCUUGACACAUCGCUCGCUUAACCCGGAAGCCAGCCGCACCAAUGUGUCGGAGGAAACACUGUACAACUGGCACAACGAGUCACCGUGCAUGCGCCCGGCCUGCCACAAGGAGUCGGUAAAUGGCGAUGGAACAAGGACAUCCCGGCCGGCCAAACCCUCCCCUAACCCGGACGACGCUGGGCCAAUUGUUUGCCGCCUCAUGGGUCUCCCGGUCACGGCCGGCUGCGACAUAGACCGGGAUCGAACCCGGGUCUGUAGUGACGCCUCUAGCACUGCAAUGCCUUAGACCGCUGCACCACUCGGGAGGCCCUACACUGACUCUCCUACUCUCCCUGCAGAAUGAGGAAGACACCGAGAUCCCGCCUCCUGGGCAUCUUAAGAAUGAUGUCACUGUGUGUGUGCAUGUGUGCUGGCCAGGGUAAGCCAAGUGAAGGACAUUCUUGUUCUAGCGCCUCUCCUCUGAAUGGUUCUCCUAUACUCCGGUGGAGGCGCGUGACUCUGUUUAUGGAGUACCACAGAUGUUCGUUAACUACUGUAAGAGAGGGAUUCUAAGGCAUGCACACACAGCUGGUAUUAUUCGCUGGAGUGUAGAGGAGAUUGAGCGUUAUCAUCAGCUGAGGAGGAACAUUGUUUCACACUCUCAACACAUCCAUUAUUCUAACUGCUGGGGAGCCAUAAAAAAUGAUGAGGGGCUAUUGUAGUAUGAUGAUAGCUGGCCAUUUCCAAUGGCCAUGUGUCUGUGUGCCUCUAUCCUGCACUAAAGCUUCACUGGGAUGAGAGGGAGCUUUUGUUUAAACGCCUCUGGUAUAUAUAGGGGUUAAAUAGACGCUCAAGACUUCCUCUUGAGUGAAAGGGGGGCUGCAGAAUAGAUGCAGCUCUUCACUGAUACAGAACCUCUUGGACAGAGUGUAGCAGUCUGUCCAGUACACACACACACACACACACACAACAUGUGAACACACACACAACCUCUGAGUAACCUGUGGCAUUUGACACAGUGUUUGUGUUGGGCCAAUGUUGUGGCGGUGAGCUCCCCAACCCUGAAAUGCGGAGCAAACAUUCAGGGAGAUUUAUUGAUAGCAGUUUGUGUGGCUGAUCUUUGUAAAUGAAAAUGGAGGUGUCUAUCCUCUUUUCCUGCUCCCGGCCUUGUUUUGCCAAGCCUCCCUUGACAACGGUAAACAAAUAUGGCUGAGCAGAAGAGGUAUCAUUCAAUUUUUAAAACAUUUUCCAGUGAAAAUAAAAUUACCUGACAGCUCAGCCAAUCCCUGCGUCCGUACAGCCCCGUGACACUGAGUCAUGUGACCUUAGCCCCAUCAUGCCCCUCCUGACCUCUGCCCUUGUGUCAUUAAUACUGUAACAACUCUAAUCUCUGGCUUCCUGCCGAUAUUCACUAGUUUAUAUUGCCCUCGUUAAAUAUGUUUGGCUUGUCACUUAUUUGUCACUAUGUAGAACAAGAUAAUGGCAUUUGGCUGGGAGAUAGGAAAUGUGGGACGGAACGGGCCUGGCCUGGAUGGCGCUCACCAGAGCUUUGUGAUUGCAGCCUCGGGAUAAAGGCUCUCAAUUGGCCUGGCCCGGCCCACCUCCGCUCUCUCAGACCUGGGUUCAAAUACUAUUUGAAUUCAUUUCAAAUACUUUAUCUGGGCUUGAUUGAGCUGGUCUGGUGCAAUGGAACCAAUAGAAUACUUGCAAAAGUGCAAACCCCACCCAUCUAGCACUCCAGGACUAGAGCAAACGCUACAAGUAUUUGAAAUAUUUCAAAUAGUAUUUCAACCCAGGUCUGACUGAUACACUAGGUUUCACCUCGCCAAUCCUCUGUACUGCUCAAACACACAACUGACACUUACCGGAAGAACCUAUGAGUGAUGUCACAGCAGGCUGUCAAACAUUAAACCCCACAUGAAGAAUGAGUAAUGGUGUAGUGGCUUUGAGAGAAGUCCCUGUGUUGAAGUCAGUGAAUUUUUCAUGUGAGUUUAUAGCCCAACAAAAGAGGAUGUUUUCAAUGAUGUGCAGGUACACAUUUGACUACAUAAUUUCCAAUGCUUUCCGUCGUGCCAUAGUGCAUCACGAUUUCACUAUAAGCAUUGACACCAGCUCAUGGCUCCUUAAAACCACCUUUAUGAAUACAUAUUGUUCACAAUGCAUUAUGCAUUACACACAGCCACAGGUGGUUCAUAGAAACAAAACUGUUUAGGUAGUUGAGCCAAGCAUGGGCGCCUGACUUUGUCUGAAAGUAGGGGUGCAAAAGCUUGGGGGGGUGGGGGUCUUGACUUUUUUUUUGCGCCGUUGUUUAGAGCACUGUCACCAUGAACAUUUUUUUUAUUGACUUGUCUCAGCAGCAUACAUACUUGAUGCAAAGAGGGUAGAAAAGGCAUAUUUGGUCGAUAUUACUUACCCAGACAAGCAGACAGACCCGGCACCAGGAUAAAGUGACUAAGGGGGCAGUUGGAAUUGGUGAGGGGACACAAUUUUGGGGGGUUAUUGCAUUGGAAUUAUAUUGAAUUCUACUUAUUUCACGCUAUACCACCACAAUAAACAUAAAGUUCAAAUGCCGAGACCAUUGAGUGCUUUUGAAGUGACAGGUUGGUGCGAAAUCUGUAGCCCAUCUCUGCUGCGCUGUAUCAGCACAAUGGACAGCGCCCUACACACUAAAGCAAGGCCUAUUUAGCAAUGAAUAUAGACUACAAGAUAGAUAGGGUAAUUCACAUAUUACAAACUGCCUAUGUGAAUGCACCUGUUCACACAGCUGACUUAUCAAAAUAAUGCAAACUAAAUGCUGAAAAUAGUAGCCUAGUUAUUCAUGCAAAACAAAAUACUGAAUAGCAGUUUGGCUUAGAAUACCAACACAACUGUGAAUGCGAACAGAACAAAACAGCGGUAGGCGUACUAUAGGUCUAUAAACAAAAUAUCAGAUCGAUAAAGGCAUGACACAAUCUAUAUUUUGUCUAGUUACAUUAACAGUAAACAAAAGGAAAAGCCAAAACAUAGCCUACAGCAAGAUGCAGCCAUGCAUAGCUGUCUUGCUAAAUAAAUAGGCCUAUAGACCUGCUUCAAACAUGAAAAAUCAUGCAGCUCAAGAGUUCAGCAAAACAUUGCAAUAUGGCACAAUACACUUCUUUUGAUCAAAUGCGACCCACCCACGUAAGCAAUUAAGCAAUGCCGACCUACCAUAAACACGUUUCCAAUACGUACAGUUCCAUUUACAACCAGGAAAAGCAGUAGGCUACUAAGAAAGCCUACAUUCUAUUUCUAUGGUUAUCUAUUAUGAUGAUGAAACAUACCGAUAUGUAGCUAUACCCAGGGGCGUCAUUUGGGUUCUUUCAUUGGAAUUAUAUUGAAUUCUGCUUAUAUCACGCUAUACCACAAUAAACAUAAAGUUCAAAUGCCGAGACCAUUGAGUGCUUUUGACCAAGAAGGGACAGGUUGGCGCGAACGAGGGCACUACGUUCAUCCACCUCUGGCCUGCUAGCCCCCCUACCUCUAUGGAAGCACAGUUCCCGCUCAGCCCAGCCAAAGCUAUUCGCUGCUCUGGCACCCCAAUGGUGGAACAAGCUCACCCACGAUGCCAGGACAGCGGAGUCACUGACCAACUUCCGGAGACACUUAAAACCCUACCUCUUUAAGGAAUACCCGGAAUAGUAUAAAAGUAAUCCUUCUACCCCCCCCCCCCCCCCCCCCCCAUAUAAAAAAAAAAUUUGGUUAUCCCACUGGCUAUCAUAAGUUGAAUGCACCAAUUUGUUAGUCGCUCUGGAUAAGAGCGUCUGCUAAUUGACGUAAAUGUAAAUACCACAUAAUUCACUUAGCCUACCACAGAUGAGCAGUGCAUUUUAUGGAAACCCAAAGCAGUCAUACCUAACCGUCCAGUGGCUUUCCAUAGACCCCCUACACACAAACACACACACACACUCCGCGGCGCGCUCUGUCCAUGGUGCUGAUACAGCGCAGCGGAGAUACAGAUUUCGCACCAACCUGUCAGGCAAUCAUUUUAACUUUUUUUGCUAUUUUUAUAUAGGGGCCCGUAAGCAGAACUGUUUUAUCCAGACACAAAUAUCCUGUGCUUUUUCAUUUGGUGCGUAGGCACAUACAGACACUGUUACUGUUACUUUUCUAACUGAAUGAAAACAUUUUAACAAUGUGAUUUAACCGAUUGAAGUUGGGAAAAUAUAUCGCAAAAAUGCAGAAUGGUGUUAAAUGCCUGUAAACAGCUUGGGGAGGAACAUUAUUUCACUGAUUUAAUCAUGUAAUAUUAGGCCUACUGAUUAUUUCUCACUAUCUACUUGCGAGAGCUACUCAUUGAUAGCCCACGAGCUACCGGACAUGCAGUUUUCUGUUAAGGUGCAACCUUUGGUAGGCUGAUGGAAGGCUACUCAUAGUCUACGCUAAAGUGAAAUGAUACAAUACAUUUGCUUGUGGUGAACGCAGGUCAAAUGAUACAGUGUGCAACAACACCCCUGGAACAACACCAUCGGACAACGAUACAAGUAUAACAGCACAACAAAAUAGAUAAACUAUUUUAUUUUGCAGGUGCCUUUUCAUUUUAAACAUCAGUGGUGCAACCUAGUGCUUUCUAACUGCACUGAACCAAAACAGUGUUCGCAGGAGCAAAACAAAACUUUGAGUGGACAAAGCCAUUCAUCUUGAGGCGACGGGGGAGAGGGUGCAAAAUGCAAUCUGUUAAUUAUUAUAUCAUAUAAAAAAUGGACAUAUCUAUGUUAAUACAGACUAGCUCAAAACAUUACUAAUCAUUGAAAUGGAGGAAAAGCGAGUUGCCCCUUACAAGACAUAAUCCAUUCUGAUAUCCCGCUCAAACAUUGCAAACUCAAAUUUGGCCCUAUCAUCUCACAACUUAUUUCAGUCUGGCGCCUUGUUCGGUCUUGUCACUUGUUUCUCUGUCCAUGUGUACCUGUUUUGUGUACCUUAUUAAAAAUAAUUAAAACAUUUGAUCACAAAAAAAAAAGAAAUGACAAAUUACCCAAUGUAUCAUGAUCAUUUUCUGGUAAAAAAGUGGGGGUGCAAAAACAUUAGUUUGCACCGCUAUUUUGAAAGGGGAGUGGGGGGGGGGGCAGCUGCGCCAUUGCUCAGGCACCUAUGGAGCCAGGUGCAGUACCACCACAGUAGCCUGCCUGAAGGACAGAAGUCUGGCCAACGGACUGGGUGCGCGUGCAUGUGCUUGCAUGCACAGGCUCUGUCUCACAGCGAGCAUGGCACACUGUCACACACACAGGUGGGCAAUUGUUGAGUUUAUCAGCUCGGCCCCAUUAAUUAGUGUAAUUAGUCUUGCUGCGGGCAAUAAGUGCCCGAUAGGAGCUGACGGGCUCCGGCCCAUACGCCCACUCGCCCCGUUUGCUUUCAGAUAAGUUUGUGAGCGCCUUAAUCGGACACAUUAAUCACACAGCACUCCCCAAAGCCACCACUCUGGUGUUUGCUGUUGCAUUAGGACCUGUUAUCUCAAUUGGGGCAAUUGGAGGGUGGGGUGAGAAGGGGAGAGUAAGAGGAAGGCAGGACUGCCUGCACAGUUAUCGUUUAAUCGCCAUUGUUGAGUAUUGUUAAUCACCUUAUACAAUGAUUAAUCAUCUUUUACGAUUGCUAUUUUAUCAUCAAAACCAGUGAUAGUGGUUUGUUUUUGGAAUAUGCUCCACAGCAAUAUGCUAUGAGAGGUUGAAUACUCCCUUAUAUUUCCCUUACAAUAGAGAGAUAGCAUAGUAAUUUAGGGCCAGUUCACUGUAUGGACUAUAUGGAGAGUCUGAAGCUAGGUCACCCCUGAAGAUGGCUUGAUCCCGAGCCACUUUGAUGACUUUCCUCUUUUCCUCCCGCACUCUCUUUUUCUGUCUGAGCCCUCUUUACCCCCCCUCUUCUCUAUCUCUCUGUAUCCCUCAUCCUAUUCUUUCUCUCCUCUCUGAAAGACUUUCAUCCUGUGGAUCCAUCCUUCAUCCCUUCUUUAGCAUACCAAAACCUGCUGCAUUUCCACAUGCUUAAAGUGAAAUUAAUGUUGGUUAUAUUACUCAUUGUAUAUCAUGCCUGCUUUACUAGAGAUCCUGGUUCGAAUCCAGGCUCUGUCGUAGCCGGCCGUGACCGGGAGACCCAUGGGGCGGCGCGCAAUUGGCCCAGCGUCGUCCAGGGUAGGGGAGGGAAUGGCCGGCAGGGAUGUAGCUCAGUUGAUAGAGCAUGGCGUUUGCAACGCCAGGUUGUGGGUUCGAUUCCCACAGGGUGUAUGAAAAAAAUAAUAAUAAUGUAAGUCGCUCUGGAUAAGAGCGUCUGCUAAAUGACGUAAAUGUAAAUGUAAAUGUUUAAGUCUGGUUUUGGGGUGGGGCUCUGUUAGAGCAUGGGGGGGUUGGGGUGGGUUUGAUUUGAUUUGGUAGGGGAUCCGUGUGUGUUUUGCCCUCUACCUGUUCUGUCUGUUAUAUGUAUAAUCAUUAAAAAUGCCUAAUAAAAAAAUUAAAUGCCAUUAAUGUCAAUUGGAGGCUAUGUGCUCUGUAAGGAGCCUGUAAGGAGCCCUCUGCAGGCCUGUUUGUUCACCCAGCGGGGGGUGCUGUGUGCUGGCCGGAUGUGGGUACCUAUCGUCCCCUAUUCCCACCCCCCGCCCCUGUCCCAUAGUCCCCAGUCUGUGGUCACGCUGGUCGCCAUGGCACAACUGUAACAUUGCCCCCUGUGCUGUGGCAGCUGUCCCAGUGCAUUGUGUGUGUGCGUUUGGGGGUGUUUACCAGGCCUCUGUUUGCCCAGUUGGUUCCCUGCCUGGCUGCCUGAGAGUAACACACUCUGCCUUCAUGGCUGCCAUGUGACAGUGUAUGUUGGCCUGCCUUUCACAGCAUGGCUGAUUGGCCUAAGGAGGUGCCUGUGUGUGUACUCGCAGCCGCUAGUUAGCUAGGUAAAUGUGUCCGAUAGCUGUGUGCUAACAGGACAAAAAUAUUUAAUCAGCAGCCUCUCAUUCGGACAGAUGGACCCAUCUGACUGACUGAUUGGAGAAUACUAGGAGGGGUCGCCAUGUCAUCACAUUAUAGUGAAACACCCCCAUAUGCAUGCACACACACAGACACAAAUAUAAAUAAUAAUCACACAUGACAUUUACAGUAUGUAAUCCCAGAUACACUGUUACUUUCAAGUCUUAUUAUGUCUUCACCCAAGCUUCUUGACAAUAGUGCUUUGGGUAAUAUAGGACGGCUGUGGUUAUUUUGUCAUUAGUUUAUUACUGGGCCCGGGCGAUGCGUGUUGUGUUACGCCGCGGUGAGCCCUGUGUGUAGCACUGAAGGAGCAAAUUGGAUUGGUAUUACAGUAUGUAAACCCGGUCCUAUCCUGAUGAGCCCCGCAAACAAAUUGGAUUGGUGGCAUGUAAAUCUGAUGCUGUUUGAUGAGCUGGAGGGCCAAAUUGAAUUCUCAACAAUGUAAAUCUGUAUCGGCUCGAUGGGCUUCCCGGCGGGCCCGGGCUACUUAAAUCAUCCGAUUGUUCCUCCUGUUACCAGAUACAAUCUCACUUGGCCAUUUGCCACAGCCCUAAUCUCUUUUUGAUGACUGCAUAGGGAUGUAGCUGCUGUAUGUUUCUGAGAGAGAGAACACUGAGACUGAAACUCCCUCUGCUCUGGCUCUUUCUUUCUCUCUUUCUCUUUCUCUCGCUCUUUCUCUCUCUCUCUCUGUCACUCUCUCACUUACUCACUCAGCUUCUUCCACAGCGAGAUCUUCAGACCCUGUACAGUUGGCAUGGCUUUUUCCUCACAAGAUUGCUCUGAUUGAGCCAUCCUUCCAUGUGUGUAUGUUCGAAAGAUUAUUUCCAGAAAGUCAAAGCUGUGUAUCUAAUUGGAUUCAGUGUUUUCUCCUUUUCUGUACUUUAGCCCCAAACUUAGAAACUCAGUUUGCAAAACUAAACUCCUUUGUUGGCUAUGCCUUUUACACAAUCAACAUUAGAAUACACAGAGUUGUCUUUUAUGGACCCUUGUUAUAUGAACUGUAACUGAAGAUGGUGUGUUGUUUGGGUUUGUUUCCACAGUUAUCCGUACAGUGAAGACAGCAGUCAGGGAAAGCAGUACAUGGACACCAGAUGCCCUGCCUGGUGUGACCGUGUCCUCAUGUCUGCCACAGCUAAAGACCUGGUCUUAAAGGUGAGUUUAACCUUGUGUAUAUGUAGCCAAAGACCUAGCCUUAAAAGUGAGUUUAACCUCUCACUCCUCCUUUCUCCCCCCCGUUCUGCCAGCCACCCAGAUGGAGGGAUGUACUGUGUGUGAAUAUUCAUAUGGAGAGUUAAACCCAGGGUCCACACAGACAGUAUAUAUAUCCCCGAUCUUAUAGAGUGCCAGUGGGCCAUAAUGGCUCUAUAAAGCUGGAGAUCCCUCUGUCUGCUUACUCUCAGAGUCAACACAGUGGCAGAGCCCAAAGCUGUGGCCCACCACCCUGUCCAAAUCCAGGAGAGGUAUUGUAAGCUUCCAACCAAUCUGCCACCUCUCCGUCACUCCCCGUCAGCACAGCACCAGUUUGGGCUCCAGACUGUUGUCUUUCCCCAGUUAUUUGAUGGAUUACAUGAAAAAUCGACCAUGGCUAGUCCCUCCCUUCUGUUCCCAUCUGGCUAUGACGUUUAGAGAACAUGGCGGAUCUUGACAAGUGUAGCCUGGGGUUGGAUAAUACAAAACUGUUUCUAAUACCUCUUUAGCACUUGGCAUCUACACAAAGGGCAUUUCCUAACAUGUUUACUAAUCAAAAUCAAAUAAAAUGUCUUUAUAAAUCCCUUUUUACAUGUACUUAUACAGAAACCCAGCCUAAAACCCCAAACAGCAUGCAAUGUAGAUGUAGAAGCACGGUGGCUAGGAAAAACUCCCUAGAAAGGCAGAAACCUAGGAAGAAAUCUAGAGAGGAACCAGGCUCUGAGGGGUGGCCAGUCCUCUUCUGGCUGUGCAGGGUGGAGAUUAUAAGAGUACAUGGCCAUUAAGGCCAGAUCGUUCUCAAAGGUGUUCUAACAUUCACUGUGUUGACCAGCAGGGUUAAAUAAUAAUCACAGUGGUUGUCAGCACCUCAGGAGUAAAUGUCAGUUUACUUUUCAUAGCCGAGCGUUCAGAGGUCGAGACAGAGAGGGAGGGAGGGAGGGAGAGAGAGACGAAAACAGCAGGUCCGGGACAAGGUAGCACGAUGGUGAACAGGUCAGGGUUCCAUAGCCACAGGCAGAACAGCAGAAACUGGAUCAGCAGCACGACCAGGUGGACUGGGGAUGAGGACAGCCAGGAGUCAUCAGGCCAGGUAGUCCUGAGGCAUGGUCCAAGGGCUCAGGUCCUCUGGGUGGGGGUGGCGAGAGGGAGGGAGAAGGAGGAGAGAGAGAGAUAUAUAUAAUUAGAGGGAGCAUAGUUCACACAGGACACCAGAUAAGACAGGAGAAUUUCACCAGAUAGGACAGACUGACCCUAGCCCCCCGGCACAUAGACUAUUGCAGCAUAGAAAGAUACUGGAGGCUAUCAGCCUAACUUAACAUUUUCCAUGUAACUACAACUUUGACAAAUGCAUCCUUUUUGUAUGUUUUCCCUGUUGGUUGCAGUUGUUGUCGGCAAAGGAGUGUGUAUAAAUCUGUCAGUUCAAUUUACACUCAGACGUCCCAUUUUUGCUUUAAUCAGCCCACUGAAUAGAUUAAGUUUCUCCACCUAUUUGAUUACUGUGGUUUUUAAGGUGACAAGAGGAAAAAUGUAUUGUGUCUAAAAGUGCACUCUCACACUUUAUUAAAUUGGAGAUAGUCCCUGACAAGAGAACAGUUGGAAUGAAUCUGAUGUGAUAAAUGAGACUAAAUUACACCAUGAGGCCAGGUCUAGAUUUAAGUGAAGGCAGCCACCUCGACAUGGCAUGGCAGGUGUUCAGUAGGCACAAAAUGGUCUGAAAUGUGGUAAAACAGAGAGAUACUCUGAAUUUGUCCAAAAUGAAAACUAUUAUUUUUGCUUUCCGACGGUGUGGACUAUUGAACCUGUAUGGGGAGGAACUGGCCGCCUGUCAAUGGAGAGGAGAGAUCCUUUACUGACCACAACACCAGAGCAUCCCUUCUUCCACAGUAGCACCUCUCUUCUGUAGUACUGUAGCAGUGCCUGCCAUUAACAGUGGGGAAAAAAAGUAUUUAGUCAGCCACCAAUUGUGCAAGUUCUCCCACUUAAAAAGAUGAGAGAGGCCGGUAAUUUUCAUCAUAGGUACAUGUCAACUAUGACAGACAAAAUGAGAAAAAAAAUCCAGAAAAUCACAUUGUAGGAUUUUUAAUGAAUUUAUUAGCAAAUUAUGGUGGAAAAUAAGUAUUUGGUCAAUAACAAAAGUUUCUCAAUACUUUGUUAUAUACCCUUUGUUGGCAAUGACACAGGUCAAACGUUUUCUGUAAGUCUUCACAAGGUUUUCACACACUGUUGCUGGUAUUUUGGCCCAUUCCUCCAUGCAGAUCUCCUCUAGAGCAGUGAUGUUUUGGGGCUGUCGCUGGGCAACACGGACUUUCAACUCCCUCCAAAGAUAUUCUAUGGGGUUGAGAUCUGGAGACUGGCUAGGCCACUCCAGGACCUUGAAAUGCUUCUUACGAAGCCACUCCUUCGUUGCCCGGGCGGUGUGUUUGGGAUCAUUGUCAUGCUGAAAGACCCAGCCACGUUUCAUCUUCAAUGCCCUUGCUGAUGGAUGGAGGUUUUCACUCAAAAUCUCACGAUACAUGGCCCCAUUCAUUCUUUCCUUUACACGGAUCAGUCGUCCUGGUCCCUUUGCAGAAAAACAGCCCCAAAGCAUGAUGUUUCCACCCCCAUGCUUCACAGUAGGUAUGGUGUUCUUUGGAUGCAACUCAGCAUUCUUUGUCCUCCAAACACGACGAAUUGAGUUUUUACCAAAAAGUUAUAUUUUGGUUUCAUCUGACCAUAUGACAUUCUCCCAAUCCUCUUCUGGAUCAUCCAAAUGCACUCUAGCAAACUUCAGACGGGCCUGGACAUGUACUGGCUUAAGCAGGGGGACACGUCUUGCACUGCAGGAUUUGAGUCCCUGGCGGCAUAGUGUGUUACUGAUGGUAGGCUUUGUUACUUUGGUCCCAGCUCUCUGCAGGUCAUUCACUAGGUCCCCCCGUGUGGUUCUGGGAUUUUUGCUCACCGUUCUUGUGAUCAUUUUGACCCCACGGGGUGAGAUCUUGCGUGGAGCCCCAGAUAGAGGGAGAUUAUCAGUGGUCUUGUAUGUCUUCCAUUUCCUAAUAAUUGCUCCCACAGUUGAUUUCUUCAAACCAAGCUGCUUACCUAUUGCAGAUUCAGUCUUCCCAGCCUGGUGCAGGUCUACAAUUUUGUUUCUGGUGUCCUUUGACAGCUCUUUGGUCUUGGCCAUAGUGGAUUAUGGAGUGUGACUGUUUGAGGUUGUGGACAGGUGUCUUUUAUACUGAUAACAAGUUCAAACAGGUGCCAUUAAUACAGGUAACGAGUGGAGGACAGAGGAGCCUCUUAAAGAAGAAGUUACAGGUCUGUGAGAGCCAGAAAUCUUGCAUGUUUGUAGGUGACCAAAUACUUAUUUUCCACCAUAAUUUGCAAAUAAAUUCAUAAAAAAUCCUACAAUGUGAUUGUCUGGAAAAAAAGAUCUCAAUUUGUCUGUCAUAGUUGACGUGUACCUAUUAUGAAAAUUACAGGCCUCUCUCAUCUUUUUAAGUGGGAGAACUUGCACAAUUGGUGGCUGACUAAAUACUUUUUUCCCCCACUGUAUUUGAUGGUCUGGGUGUGUGCAGGAGUCUCCAGGAUAACAGCCCAGUACAGUAGUCUGCUCACAGCCACACACAUCUUUGAGCCCCAGUACACAGAAGGAAGUUGGCUUUCCUUUGUCCUGAACAAAUGAGAAUAAUUCCUUUCUGGCCUUUCUUAUCAUAUACUGAGGCUUUACAGGAAGGUUUGGCCUACCCCCCUUUCCAAAACGCUAAAGAGCCACCAAAAAGCCUAUCAAUUGUUUCUACAAAUAGUAGUUCAACAAUUAUUUAUUUUCUCAAUUACAGGUUAAUUGUUUAUAAUUAAGGGAACAGGCUGAGUCUCCUUACGUUAAAAUGUUCACAGAUUGGCUGAUGAUGCACUGAGCAUACACACACACACACACACACCACAGACACACACACACACAGUCACUCCCAGGCAGCAUUACAGAUUGUUGAGACAUGGGCCUGUAAACAGGCAUCCUAGUGGCAUCAUCUAUCAUGGCACGGUCGGUUAACUCGCCAUCAUGUUAUUUUCUGCUUGCCGAGCCCUAACACGCCGAAGGUUGCCCGCCGCCUUCGCGGCACAGCGCCAAAGGGUGGAAGCGCGGUAAUGAAUGUUCAGCCGAGCGCUCUGUUUCUGCAGGAGGGCCCUGGUAAUUUGUUUAUCUGUCUAAAGAUUAUGCAGGCCGAAAAUCCACAAUUUGAUGCUGCCUUUGUAAAUUAUCAGGUCUGUAUGUGAUGAAUGUAUCCCGGGCUGCGGGAGGCAGCGACUCAGGCGUUUGGCAGGCGGUUGGGGAAAGUGCUGGAGCGUGGCCCCUCAGAGAGGCAGAGUGAGGUACCCACUGCAAGGUGCACACCAGCGCACUGGUGACCUUAGACUAGCAGGAUAGGUUUGAAGUUCAUUUGGAUUUAAGUUUAUGGCCCAUUCUAAAGCUACUCUGUGUUCCUUCUCAAGUGGCAGCGUUGUUCACCUAGUCACAGCUGACCGCUCUGACUGUUUAAAAAGUAUUUAGUUCUACAAGAUAAAUAUGAUUUAUUAUACUCUAGGCCUGAGAUUAAUGUCUCAGUGUUUGACACUUCCUUUGUGUGAGAUAUGGAACAUGAUUCAUUCAUAUACUGAAUCAGCGCUUUUUGUUUGGGAGGUAAAUAUGGUCUUGGUACAGUUCAUGUCUACUCACUCAAUUCAAUCUUCAAAUAAAUUGUGCAAUAUUGAGUUUUAAAGGUUUAUUGAACUCCAUUUAAACCCUGUUGUUAGUUAUAAAGAAGGCAUAUGCAAUCAGGGGUAGGCUAGUACUUCAGGAUCAGGUUUACUUAUACAGUGCCUUGCAAAAGUAUUCAUCCCCCUUGGCGUUGUUCCUAUUUUGUUGCAUUACAACCUGUAAUUUAAAUUGAUUUUUAUUUGGAUUUCAUGUAAUGGACAUACACAAAAUAGUCCAAAUUGGUGAAGUGAAAUGAAAAAAAUAACUUGUUUCAAAAAAUUCUAAAAAAUAAAUAACGGAAAAGUGGUGCAUGCAUAUCUAUUCACCCCCUUUGCUAUGAAGCCCCGAAAUAAGAUCUGGUGCAACCAAUUACCUUCAGAAGUCACAUAAUUAGUUAAAUAAAGUCCACCUGUGUGCAAUCUAAGUGUCACAUGAUCUGUCACAUGAUCUCAAUAUAUAUACACCUGUUCUGAAAGGCCCCAGAGUCUGCAACACCACUAAGCAAGGGGCACCACCAAGCAAGCGGCACCAUGAAGACCAAUGAGCUCUCCAAACAGGUCAGGGACAUAGUUGUGGAGAAGUACAGAUCAGGGUUGGGUUAUAAAAAAAUAUCCGAAAUUUUUAACAUCCCACGGAGCACCAUUAAAUCCAUUAUUUGAAAAAUUGAAAGAAAAUGGCACCACAACAAACCUGCCAAGAGAGGGCCGCCCACCAAAACUCACGGACCAGGCAAGGAGGGCAUUAAUCAGAGAGGCAACAAAGAGACCAAAGAUAACCCUGAAGGAGCUGCAAAGCUCCACAGCGGAGAUUGGAGUAUCUGUCCAUAGGACCACUUUAAGCCAUACACUCCACAGAGCUGGGCUUUACUGAAGAGUGGCCAGAAAAAAGCCAUUGCUUUAAGAAAAAAAUAAGCAAACACGUUUUGGUGUUCGCCAAAAGGCAUGUGGGAGACUCCCCAAACAUAUGGAAGAAGGUAGUCUGGUCAGAUGAGACUAAAAUUGAGCUUUUUGGCCAUCAAGGAAAACGCUAUGUCUGGCGCAAACCCAACACCUCUCAUCACCCAGAGAACACCAUGUUUUUCAUCAGCAGGGACUGGGAAACUGGUCAGAAUUGAAGGAAUGAUGGAUGGCGCUAAAUACAGGGAAAUUCUUGAGGGAAACCUGUUUCAGUCUUCCAGAGAUUUGAGACUGGGACGGAGGUUCAGUUUCCAGCAGGACAAUGACCCUAAGCAUACUGCUAAAGCAACACUUGAGUGGUUUAAGGGGAAACAUUUAAAUGUCUUGGAAUGGCCUAGUCAAAGCCCACCCAGACCUCAAUCCAAUUGAGAAUCUGUGGUAUGACUUAAAGAUUGCUGUACACCAGCGGAACCCAUCCAACUUGAAGGAGCUGGAGCAGUUUUGCCUUGAAGAAUGGGCAAAAAUCCCAGUGGCUAGAUGUGCCAAGCUUAUAGAGACAUACCCCAAGAGACUUGCAGCUUUAAUUGCUGCAAAAGGUGGCUCUACAAAGUAUUGACUUUGGGGGGGUGAAUAGUUAUGCACGCUCAAGUUUUCAGUUUUUUUGUCUUAUUUCUUGUUUGUUUCACAAGAAAAAAUAUUUUUGCAUCUUCAAAGUGGUAGGCAUGUUGUGUAAAUGAAAUCAUACAAACCCCAAAAUAAUCCAUUUUAAUUCCAGGUUGUAAGGCAACAAAAUAGGAGAAAUGCCAAGGGGGGUGAAUACUCACGAAAUGUCUAAGAUAAUACGUUUCAUGUAAUAACAUUAAAUUUAAGCAAAAUAAUAAAAUAGAAUCCUCAAAAUGGCAACGAAUACAAUUAUUCUGCACACUGAAUUAUGUUUGUUAGUCUUUGUUUACAUGUUUAUACUGCUCUGUAUUCACCAUUGUUUUAAUGUGUUGUUGCAUUUUUUUCUCAGCCUGAAAAUGAAGAUAAAAACUUGGUCUAUGACAAUAUAGGGUCCAACGUCUGCAUGGGGGACCACAAGGUAACAUCACAGGCAUAGCCCACUUCUGGGUUGUAUUGUGUUGUGCCUGUAUGUGGGUGUGUGUUUGUCUGUCUGUCUAUGGAUUUGUAUGUGAGUACAUUAUUUCAUCAUGUUCUAUUGUUUCAAUUGAAAACUAAAAGUUUGCACUUUAUUGAAAUGUGGGAUUUCCAGUAAUUUUCAAUUAAUGGUAUUCUGUAUUGUCCUUGAUUUUGAAGAAUAUGACUCGUAAAUUAGAUUAGUACAACUACCUUACAUUUACAUUACAUUUUAGUCAUUUAGCAGACGCUCUUAUCCAGAGCGACUUACAGUUAGUGAGUGCAUACAUUAUUUAAACAAAACAAAAAAUCAUACUGGCCCCCCGUGGGAAUCGAACCCACAACCCUGGCGUUGCAAACGCCAUGCUCUACCAACUGAGCUACAUCCCUGCCGGCCAUUCCCUCCCAUACCCUGGACGACGCUGGGCCAAUUGUGCGCCGCCCCAUGGGUCUCCCGGUCGCGGCCGGCUACGACAGAGCCUUACCUUAAAUUAUUACUCCAUUGACCUAUUACUGUAAUUUCUUCUGAACAUAUUCUGUAUGUGUCUAUAGUGAAACCAAAAGUUGGCUGUGAACAGUCAUAUUGUGAUCAGAGGCUCUUUUGUCAUGCUGACUUUAUAGACAGUAUUUAACACAGUCCCUCCAGUCUGCAAUGUUAGACAGUGGCUGUUAAGCUGACAGAGAGAGAGGCGCCUUAAAGCUGAAGUCCUCACAGUCUUUCAUCAUUACAUACUGUGGACUGGCCAGUAGUGUGUGUGUGAGGUGACCCGGGCACUGAGACAGACUCCACCAGACCUAGGCCAAGAAUCACACGCACCCGCUAAAAUCACAUUCUGCUAUGUUUAAAAAAUGUCCAAUGUAGUUAGCACACAGCAGAAAAUAUGUGCACCCCUGGUAUGCGAGUUUAGGCUGUGUGUAAUGGAUGGUAGAGAUUGUGUGUGUGUGUGUAUGAGAGGGGGCUUUAAACUUGUAUUGCCCCCUUGCCUUUGGCCUUUCCACUCAGGGCAGGACUGUUGCUAAUUGGCUUAUUUGUCUUUCUGUGUCCCUCUGUCUGGCAGCCUGUCUACCUGUCCUUUCGAUUAACAGCCGGGGCAGGUAAACCUAAUGCAAAUAAGCACAAGUGUUGUAACGUGCAGUGA